AUUAAAAUGAAAAAUAAUAAAUAAUAAAUUCAGUGUUUGAAGAAGAAAAAAGAAACGCCCCCCUGGAACUGUAAGUAAGAGUGCUGUAAUUUUCGAGAGUUUGUUGAAUUUUUGGAGAUUGCGGGUGAAUAGCGGUAGUGUGGUGAAUUUGAAAAAGAAAAGGUAAUCGAUAGUUGGAGUUUUGGGUCGAGAGUUUUAAACCGAACGGAACGAAACGCUAGGUAUUCACGGUACAACUCCGGGACUUUCCCCACCCCGAGCGGUGGUGGUGGGGGCAGAGGUGACGGGGGUGGGGCGCGCACAGGAGGUCGUUGAGGGCCUCCCUGCCUCUUUAGGCCGCAGUGCGCGCUACGCGAUAUCGCUGGCCGGUCAUGUGUAUAUCCCCGUCAUCCAUCACCUCUACACCUGUGCCGUACGAUCCAGUGAAAAAACAAUCACACGAGUCCAACCAGUACAACCCAGUGCAUAUCCCCAAACAAACUCAACUCAAUUCAGAACAUCAAUUUAUCCAUUGUUGUUGUUUACAUUACUAAUAGACCUGGCGUCUCCUGAUGUUUUUUGGAUUUUUAUCGGUGAAUUGUGGGGAGUGAGGGAUGCGAAAUAAGUGAGAUAAGUGAAAAAGUGUCGAGUUGUGGAAAUAGUUUUGGAAGUUCACCUGGUGGUGCUGACCACUGUUUUCGGGUUUACGUGGCAACUGGCCUCAAAACACGUCACGUGAGCCCAAGGCUUGUGGAUACAUCUAGCUGUUGAGAAGAUUCUGGCAGACACCGUAAAUUCCCGCCAACUCCUCUGGAUUGGAGCCAUGGGACCGCUCAGACCACCGGAUUGACCAGCGAAUCAUUGGAUUUUCUUGUGUUGUGAUUGUGCGAUACGGCGGUGUGCUUUUGUUUUUCAUGGGAUAGGUCAGCCGAUUAAUAUGGCGUACAAGUUUAGAGAGGAAAUUGUGGGGAAGAGAUUCCUAUCAGUGAGUGGUUUUGGAAAGCUCAAAGUGAAUAAAAUAAGUGAGUGGGGGUGGCGUGCUGGUGUUAUUCGCGCUGCCAGUCAUAGGGAUAACAACUGUCCUGAUCUUCAGGUUCUCGUCGAGUACGACGACGUUGAAUGGCAGAGACGGGAAUGGCUGUCACCCCACCGUGAUACUGUGUUCUCAUUUUUUCUGAUUGAGAAGGGCCUCUGCUGGUCAGAGCGACCGGAUCCACGACAAAAUAAUCUUCUAAUUGAUCAACACUACAAUCACACAAAUAAUAAUCACCAGCAUCGUCUAAAUGGCAAAUCAAUUCGAAGCACAACCACCAACACCAGCACCGUUGCUUGGCCUGCAAUCAGCUUUUAUCCACUCGUAUCGAGGGCUCAACUCGACGAGGACAUGAUGCCCGUGGAAUUCAUGCAUGACAGGCGAUUGGAAUUUGUGGAUUACAGUACACUUCGACCUUUCACUCAGGACUGGGAAAUCACAAAGAGUUCAGUGCCAUGGGCAAAUGCUGUGAGACGAUGGGCUGAGAUGCAGGAUGGCCAGAGAAUACUUCUGACCACACCGAGUGUACUGGUGGGUUUCAGGGUCGAAGUUUAUCGUGCUGAAGGUACAACGCAAUGGUACACUGCUGUUAUUGUCGGUUACAACGAGUCAACCAAGGAUUUAACGGUGACAGAUGACACAGUUUUGGAGGACCAUAAUGAGGACCCUGGGCUCGUUCAGAUGCGGCUCAUUGGGGAUGGAGUGGUGGAGAGUAUCAUGAGGGGCGAGGUUGUCGGCAUGACGCCGAGGAGGUCGAGGUCGUCGACUGGCCUGAUGACGCACGCCAUCGUUGUGCCGCGAGUCGGGAGGAGACCUCGUGGCAGACCAGGAAACGUCGCCCUAGCAUCACCCCAAGUGCUCGUACCCCCGCAGCUUGAAAAGGAUAAAGCCACAUCCAGAAAUAACAACCGCCGUGGACGCGUCAGUGAGGGUACAGUACGUGACAAGGUCGAGGAAUCCUCUAAAGAGGACAGAGAGAAUAAGGGUCCAACAACUGGUAAACCUGGCAAUCGCACCCCACGACCGGUCCUCGAGGAGACUAACAACGCCUCAGGUAGUGCUGGUAAACUGAGAAAACGUCCAGCCGGGAUCAAGAGCAUCGAGAGCAAUUCACGUAGAUCAGUUCGCAGUAGAAGGACACCAGUAAAGUUCGAGACAGAAAUAGCUGACGAUGAUGAUCACAUCGUAAAGGAUGAGAGACUAGAUACAAGAACAUCUGAAGAAGAGGAAAUUGACGAAGGAUCGGAGGACAUAGAGGAGAGUGAGCAAGGGCCUACCGAUUCCCUGGUGAAGCGUUUCAAGAGCACUCGAAAAUUGAGGUCAGGGAGUAAAGAAUCCAUCGAGGACAAGCAACUAGCGGGUGAACAGGCGGAUAAAGAGGGUGACGAUAAAAUCGUCGAUGUGAGGCAUUCAAGUGUCAAGCCGGAGGAGGACAGUGAGUCACGAGAACGUGACAGAGAGCCAGAGCCACCACCUGCUGAGGCACCAGAUACUGGUGGCAAUUUGGUGACAUUGAUCGACGCUGAGGUAAAAGUUGAGGGUCUGUUGAAUGGAGUGAUCGGUGAGGGUGUAGACGAUAAGUCUGGAUCACCGAAGCCCUCGGUGAAUUUGGUCGAAGCAAGUACUGGCCAAGAGGAAAGGGAUAAGGAGGUGUUGAAGGGAGUUGAGAGGUGUGAGAGUGAGUUGACCGAGUCUGUAAAGCAAGACGGCUCCGUGCUGGAUAGACUUAGUCCUGUGAACGGUGUGCCGGGGCGUCACAGCCUGCUCCAUGAAGAGCAGGAACGUAACCGGCACAACGAGAGUCCAGUUAUACUUGCAGAGAGAUUGAACAAACCACCGCCAAACGUCUCCCAUUAUCCCCAGCAUCAUCUACAGGGCUAUCAUCCGAGAUAUAGCACUGGUAGUCCGGUGAUUCAUCAUCAUCGCGCUAGUCCACAGAGUCAGCAUAUUUUAACAGGACUCAUUGAUGUCAGUGAUAAAGGACAAUCGUUGAAUUCAUCGCGCAUUGGCGAUGAUGCCGGCAGCCAUCUCAUGGAGGUGGAGGCCGGUGCUAUUGGCGGACCUGGGGGGCCAUGCGGUGUCAUUGGUAUUACACCGAUUACUGGGAGAAGUGGUGCUUAUGGUGAUAGUGGAUCAGACAGCGGGAUAAGCUCACUGCGGAGUGCUGGCUCUGGUGACGAGAGGAGUGGCAGUCGUAGCUCAGCAUUGAGUGCUGAAGACACUGCUGUACCAUCGACAUUGGGUAAUUCAGCAGUGCCUGCACGCAUUUGGCACGUACACAGUGUACAGCAUACGUCGUUAAUGAUGGCACAUCCAUCGGGCAGUGCUGGAGGGGCUACCAGUGCUGGACAGACAGUCACUGCACCACCUACAACUACACCCGUUGGAUAUCAGAGCCCUGCUGGUCAUCAUCAUCCUGCUGCUGCUGCUGCUGAGAUGCUGUGGAGACCGCCGAGGUAUCCGUCGUUGUCGCAUUCGUUGUUGGCACCCGGACAACCCACUCCUGAGGAGAUGCUUGAGAGAGAUCGACAUGAGAGGAUGCUUAGGGAGAGACGAGAGGCCGAGGUGCGUGAACUGGAGAAGCGCGAACGGGAGAGAGAAGCUAAAAUGGAGCGUGAGAGACUCGAGAAACAGAGAGCUGCAGAGCAAGCUGUCCACAAACACUUCGAGGAGUCCCUCAGGCUUGCCCAACAAAAGGUAUCUUAUGCUCCGCAGAGAAAUAUGCAGUCUGCCUCAAUGGCGUGGAACAGUUUUAUUCCACUGCCACCACCAGGAAGUAGAUCUCAUCCAGCUGGACCCCCUCACGGUGGACUGACUGGUCACAGUGGACAUCAUCAUCCGGGUGGUGCUACGAGUCACUCGGUGACGGUUGCCCAGCAGCAGCAACAGCAACGUGAUAGGGAGGAGAGAGACGCCAGGGAGAGAGAACGUGAUGCACAAGCUAGGGAACGUGAGCGUGAACAUUUGGCCGCUGCUGAGAGGCUACACAGACAGGCCGAGGCUAGGGAUCAUGCUGUUGCACAGCAACGAGCUGCUUAUUAUGCAGCCACUGCACCAUCAUCGGCUCAACAGGUAUUGAGACCAUCGAGUGUACCAAGCAAAGUCGAGUACCCACCCCCGCCAGCCCACUCUCGUACCUCAAAAUCUACCUUGCCAGUGCCGACUCAUCACGACAAGCCCCAGGUAGUGGGUCCACCUCUUCCAAAAGCCGAGCCAAACGUCAGUCUGUUCAAUUACUCAGCGUACCAAACCCAGCCCACGUAUAUCCACGAAUUAAAAUCAAAAAACGAUCUCCAGCACAAAUCAAUCCAGGGGAAGCCCUUGUCUCACGAUCGUGAUCAUCACGCUCGUGAAUUACUGCCAAAUCCACCACCCCUCCUUCCAGACCACAAGAGUUCAGUGAUAGUGAAGAACGAGGGUAGAGAGCACCAGAAGGUGGGACCACCGCACUCAUCGAGUCCAAAGAUGAUGUCCUAUCUGAAUGUCCAGCCUCAGGUGCCCCAGGGUCACAAGGGAGUGACGUACGAGUACCGCAGUCCAACGCAGAGUCCUCAUCACCUGCAUCACCUGGACAGCCUGCAGUCAAAAGGUCUGCCAGGUCAUCACAGACAACCAGCAGGCCCCUCGUUACCCCCCAGUCCACAUCCUCACAAUCGUCAGUCUCCCCAUGGCCAUCCUCACCAGGCCCCUCAUCCCUCACCCCCAGAAGCCCGUUACCUCAGCAGGCCAGAGCCUGGUAUCCCCUACGUACCCCCAAAAUCCGCCUACUCCUAUCCUCAUCCACCAAAUGCCUCGCCCACAUCCCACUAUCCCACAACCCCAGGCUCAAAACCAAAAGUCAGCAGUCCAGCACCACCUCAUAUAUAUGGUAAACCAAAUUCUGGAAUAAUGACGGGUACACCAGUCUGUCGUGCUGAGCCAGUUGUAACAGCAACACCCCUUCCACUCACCUCCAAAGCAGGGAGUUCGCCUUACCAGCAAGUGCCUCAUCAUCAUGGGGCACCACCGCAGCAUCUACCACCACCCGCACACAGCAGAGGGCCGCUCUACGAUUCUCGUUUUCCAGCAUCUCUGCCAUCAUCCAAAUUGCCACCUCCACUUCACAGUUCACCACCAGCAGCAUCAGCUCCACGACCUGUCACUCAUCCCCAUCAUCUGACAACUGUUCAGCCAAUGCAUCCAGCGCCUAUCAAUACGAUGCACACGAAUUUCCAGACGCAGCCCCUGGAUUUGGGGGUCGAGAGAUCGUCAUCACCUAAGAGAAAGGCAAUGUCGAAUGAUGGAGGGCCUGUGGCACUUGAGUGCAAGAAGAGGAGGUUUGAGGAGCCACAGCCACUGUCACUCCAGUGUGUGGGUCCGCCAGUCCUGUCGAGGGUCAGUGAGCCAAGUCCUUUGAUUGCUUCAGCCGCCACCUCCAUCACAACUGUCGUCAAUACUGCCCUGCUGCCACAACCCAGCACUCAGGAGAGAACUGUUGUGUCCAUCAGUCCAGCACCGAGAACAGCCAGUGGUGAUGGAUCUGUCAGGCCUGCGAGCACUGGAAGUGUCGGCUCUUUGAAUCCCAGUGCAACUCCCAGUGCUGCACCGAGUCCAGCACCUGCCCAGAGUCCUGUACCUCAGAAUCCAAGUCCAGCCCCCAGCGCUGCAUCCGCACCUGGGACACCUGCCAAGGGAAAUCCAGCUACUGACAGUGAGAAGUCCAAUAGUCCUGCACCAAGACCGCCCAGCAGAACUAAUUAUCCUGUUCACAAACUGAAGAAGGCAUGGCUGCAGAGGCAUUCGGGGGAGGACGCAACUGAGGAUAAUACGGGGGUCGUUGGCAGUGGGUCUUGUGUCACGUUACCUCUCAAUAUCGCACAAGCACCCUCACAACCGCUCAAGGAACGAGAGAGUACGACUACUAGUCUGACAAGUGCCGUUAAUUCUAUACACAAUAUCGGGAGUAUGGCAGUUAAUAGUAUAAAUAAGAGUAAGGUUACCGGGAAGAGUGGGAGGAAACCUGGCAAUAAGGAGAUCAAUGGCCAUGGGGGGGACAGCAAGAGCCUGCAGGAGGACUCGUCCAGCAGUGAUCCUGAGAGGAAGUCUCCGCCCAAGAGGAAACCUCCCAAGGUAAAGCGAAAGAAGGGGGCUGGAAGGAGACAACAGACACCGGUGGAUGAACAACGCAGGAGGAAGGAGGAUAAACAAGUUAGUGGGGGUGAUUCCAGCAAUGAGAGCGAGGUGGGUUCAGCCAGUGAUGAGAGUGAGACUAUUCAACCUACUUCUAGGAGACAUACAACAACUAACUCCAAUAAUUCGUCUGAAAAUGGAAACAACAAGGAGCCACGUAAACGCGGUAGACGGCCGAAGUCGUCGAAGGGAAAUGAUACGGGGGGUGAAGAACAACAGCCACGCCAAAAAAAAGAACGACGUGAUGAGAGCACCGGUAGUGGUGGUGAUGGACAGGACGGCAGUGACAAAACAGAUCCAUUUUACAAACCGUCGAUUCUAGAAUUGAAGAAAACUGGCGAGAGCUGGCUACAGGAUAGUCCCUGUUUUACUGUGGCACCGAGAUUAGUCAAGUGUCGUGAGUGCAGAAUGACACCCAACCAACGACUGAAAACCCAACUACCGAAAAAUAUAUUCUGCAGAUUCUAUGCAUUUAGGAGGCUACGAUACAUAAAGAGUCAGUUGGCCAUUGCUGGGUACAGCGAUCCACACAAAGAUGCUUCCGAGGAAGACCUUCGUCUCUGGCUGCCGGGUAAUCACGAGCCAUCGUCUAACAGUAAGGAUGAGAAGCCUGAGAAGAAUGGGGACGAGAAACCAGCGGAUAAACAACCGUUGGAUCUCGAAAUGGCGUGCAGAUUGUUAAGGCAGGUCGGUGAUCAAUUUUGUGAUCUCCUCCAUCAGGAGAAGAACGCACUGCAGGAACACAUGGCAGAAGCGAGUUCGGGGGUUGUAGACGGAACUGUGGCCUGGAAACGAGUCAUUCAGGGAGUUCGAGAGCUGUGUGAUGUCUGCGAAACGACUCUCUUCAAUUAUCACUGGACCUGUGGUCGAUGUGGAUUCGUCGUCUGCAUUGAUUGUUACAAGGGCCGCAAGGAUGGAACGAUAAAGAUCUGGGGAGAAGGUGGAAAAGGCUGUGACGAUUUUUCGUGGCUGCUGUGCACAAAUCGUCAGGUCCACGAGCCAAAGAGACUGAUGCUGACCCAAAUGAUAGCCGGUGAUAGCCUAACAAAGAUCGGUCACAUGCUGCACGAGGCACGAGCUGAGUGGGGUAUACCCCAGCACUGUGGAUGCUCAAUAGUAAAAUCCACAACAGUUCAACUCAAUGACGUGCUGCGUUCCCUUGUGAAAGGUGAACCUGUGACGCUGAACGGUGCCAUCAAGCAGGAGUUAAAAGACGACAAGAAAGCCCAGAAUGACUCAAACGGUGGUCAAGACGCCAAGACCAACGGCGAGGACAAGAAUUCACCUCUAAACUGGUUGGCAGAUGUUGCCCUGCAGAAUCAAGACAAGAACGAGAGUGGCUCGAGCUCAGAUUCCGACGAGGAUCGCGAUGGUAAUUAUUCAACACUACGAGAACUCCUCAUUCGACCCUCACACAAGCCCAACGGCAGUGGCUCGAGAUCAAAUUCACCCACAAAUACCCCAACAAGUCAAAAUCAGCCUGGAAAUACCAGCCAAAAUAGCGUAAAGACUGGAAAAAAAUCCAAGAUGGAUACACUGGAUGAGGUAAUAUCAAGUGUUAUAGAGCACAGCGUUAAGAAGGAAAAAGACGGCAUUGACAACGAUGACAAACCCAGAGAGCUGAAGCACUUCGUGAGAAGAUACAAAUGGACUCAGCACGGUCGAGAGCCCCUUCCCAUUAGAAUCAUGACUUUAACCGAGAGCAAGAGCCUUUAUCCAGAUGUGCCACACUCGUGGCUGUGUGAUGGUAAACUCCUCAAGCUCAAUGAUCCACACAACAUCAACAACUACAGGAUAUUCCAGGAUCAGUGGAAGAGGGGGCAGCCUGUUAUUGUGUCAGACGUCUCCAAAUCACUGGACAUGGACCUUUGGCAUCCCGACGCUUUUGCACGAGACUUUGGCGAUGAGAAGAACGAUCUCGUUAAUUGCAUGAAUGGCAAUCUCGUGCCCAAUCAACCAAUGAAGAAAUUCUGGGAGGGAUUCGAGAAUUUCUCCAAAAGGCUUAAGGAUGACAAGGGCAAUCCCAUGCUGCUGAAGCUCAAGGAUUGGCCACCGGGUGACGAUUUUGCUGAAUUAUUGCCAUCGAGAUUCGCUGAUCUCAUGAAAGUCCUUCCAUUGUCUGAGUAUACACACAGAGAUGGAAGACUCAAUCUUGCCAGCCGGCUACCGUCGUGCUUUAUACGACCUGAUCUUGGACCCAAAAUGUAUAAUGCCUAUGGCUCAGCCAUGUACUCCAAUAAGGGCACCACUAAUCUUCAUCUUGAUAUUUCUGAUGCUGUCAAUGUUAUGGUUUAUGUGGGGAUACCGCAGGACAGUGAUAAAGAGCAACACAUUGCUGAGGCACUCAGGGCUGUCGAUGAGGCUGGCUGUGAUGUACUGACUAAACGUCGUGUGCGCGAACGUGGCGAGGCACCUGGUGCACUUUGGCAUAUCUAUGCAGCUCGUGAUGCUGAUAAAAUAAGGGAUCUACUCAAUGCAGUUGCCAUUGAGCGUGGAGCAAGACUCGAACCACAUCACGAUCCAAUUCACGAUCAGAGUUUUUAUCUUGAUGGAAAACUCAGGAAAAGACUGUACGAGCAGUAUGGAGUUGAGGGUUAUGCUGUUGUUCAGUGUCUCGGUGAUGCUGUUUUUGUGCCAGCUGGUGCACCACAUCAAGUGAGAAAUCUUCAUAAUUGUAUUAAGGUUGCUGAGGACUUUGUGUCACCUGAGAAUGUUGCUCAUUGCUUUCAUCUUACUCAGGAGUUUCGAGCACUGUCUGAUACACAUACCAAUCAUGAGGAUAAAUUGCAGAUUAAGAAUAUUAUUUAUCAUACUGUUAAGGAUGCCCUUACGGUAUUGGCUAAUGCCAAGGAGGAGGCAAUCUCGAAGCUCAAGGGAAAGGUCGAGGUUAAGGAGGAGACGUAGUUGUUGGGGGUGAGAUUAUCCAGGAAAUAUUCACUCGGUUCAGGCUGAUUUUACCAGAUUCUGAAGCUUCAUUUCUUGUUUGAUGGAUUAACAAGAAAUUCAGUGGCUGGGGGACAUGGGUGGUCCCCCCUUGGGCACCUCGAGGGUAGCAGACGUGGGACUGUGUUCCGGCAAUGGAGACGAUUCAUUCGUAGAGGACCAGCCCUUGUUGUGAUAUGUUUGACGACGAUUUACACAGUGCGGAGUAACGAUUUAUCAGUUUGAUUUUUCUUCUCGGUUUUUUUUUUAAGUUUCUCGGUUGGCUGAGCCAACGGUUAUGCGUUGUUUAUCCGCUCUGAGUUAUCUCCUUCAACUCAGUUAUUUGAUGAUGAGAAAAUUCAAUAGUUUCGGUUGUAACUACUUUCAGUUAUGGUUAAGGACAAUGAAGUCCAUGAGAUUUAUCACCACUUUUUUUUUUCCUUUUCCUUAGGUUUUACUGGGGACGAGGGGGCGAAAGUCCCCACGUUCAGAAUAUUAUUGUGAUACCAGAGGGUCUUUUGGAUCAUGAAAAAAAAAUCAUUUGUAAUUAGUUAUAUCGUGCCUGUAUCCAAUACACACUGUCUAUUUCUAUUGUAAUUGUAGAUACAUGAUUUAGGAUAGUGUUAUUAUAAUGAUAUUGUAAUAAAUUCAUGAUUCGAGGUCGAUGAGAGUGUGUGUGUGUACAGAUUAAUGAACUUUGUGCAAUUUGACGUUGUUCAUCAUCGUGUUGCCCUGUUGGACUAUUUCAAUUGAAUGAAUAAAUAAAUCCGUGUGACUGUCAAGGUUUUCUUUUGUGAGACUCUUUGCGUUUACGAGUUUGUCAACACUGCCUCUAGGUGGAAAUUCACGUACAGGGAAUUGUUUUCGGUUCAUUAUUGAGUUUUAGAUUCUUUUUUUUUUAUCCUGGUACAUGAUGUUAUGCCGUCCUUACAGCUGGACUUGACAUUUCUGUUUAAAUGUUUAUAUGUUUAUUCGGUAUCUAGUUGUCACUGAGGCAGAGCUUUGGGUGAUUGAAUAUGAAGAUUUUGGUGAGCAGGAGUUUUAUUGUACAGCAGAGGCGAUUUUUCUUGUAAAAAGGGGGUUUCUAAGUGCCAAUGGUUGGGAGGGGUGCUCAUAGUCAUUGAUGGAGCGGUAGAGGGAAGAGAUGUUUGGGGAUGAGUUCCUAUACUUUUUUUUAAUGAGGGGGAUGAAACAUUCAAAUUUUUUUUGAGAAUCUGCACUGUUGAGAAAUUUUGAAUGAAUUUUCAAAGUUUUGGAAGUUAAAUAUCGAAUAAAUGAAUCCACAGUUUCUAGAAAUUUCACGGAAACUGGGAAUUGAAAAUCCACAACUUUCAGAGAAAAAUGCUUGGGAAGUAUAAUAUUCAGUGAAUUUUUGAGUUUUAUAGAAAUUGUGGAGAUUGAAAAAUCUUCGUUUUUUCAAUCCGCGAAAAUUCAAGAAUUUCAACUUGAAUUACUCCAGAUAUUUUUUCCUCAAAUUGGAUUAAUUGGAACUUAUCCGAAAAUUCCAAAAUUUGUGUUAACAGUGUAGAUAAUUGGAUAAACAAUGGGAGGCACAUUGUGCGAUUGGAUAAUUGGAUGAUAAUUUUUCAGUUUCGUUGAUCUCAGUAAUUGUCUAGCGAACACAACGACUUGAGGGACAUAAAUGUUUAACGUGUGAAAUUUUUUCCCAGUUUUAGGGUACAUUUCAAGAAGAGUGUAUAAAGAUUUUUGGGAGAAUGUUGGAGGUAAAUUGAGGGACAACGUUCUCAGUGUAUUGUCAUCAUCAGCAGGUAAACUAAUUGUUUUAUCGAUAAAUAUUGUACAUAUGGCAGGGGGGAGUCUUACAUUUAAACAUCGAUAUGUAUACGUAUACAUAUAUAAAUAUGAAGGUUCUAGGUGUAAGGUUUAAGGUCACACUCCAGUCGAUGAGGGGAGAAAAGGGGAAUUUAGGGAAUGAAGUUAUUUACACGCGUCUAUAGAUAGGAUUAUUGUCAUUAUCAUUCUUAAUGUAAUCAUUAUCACGAUUUCAUCGUUAGGAGAAGAACAUGAUAUUUAAAUGUUGCUGAAUAUGUCGAGUAGGUGGAAAAGGGAAUUAGAAAAGUAAAAAAAAAAUUAAUGGGGGGUGCAGACGUUUUAUUGUCGACGGGAUACAUAAAGUGAGUGUUUGGGUGUUAAAUACGUGGAGUACGUGCGUGUGAAUAGGUAAUGCAUUGGAUGAUUGGGGUGGAUUACGAAGGGACGGGCGGAGUGGAAUUACGUAUGGAUUAAGGUGUAUAGUGUGUACAGUCUUUAGGAGAAACGUAAUUAGGGGGGAGGAGGUGAUUACCUAUUGCCCAGUGUCCUGAUAACCAUCGGCCGACCCUUUCUCAAAGUCAUGGCAGUUAUGAUAACCGCGGGCCGGCGGAGGUUUGAGUAUAAUUUUUUGUACUGUGUAAAUGUAAGAAUACGUUUGAAUAAGAAAUGUUUAUAUUAUAAAA